UUUCCAAUAUGGGAGAUGAAGAUUCCGGUGAUGUUGCACAGCCAGGCAGUGAAGAAGGUACUCGGCCUAAAAGAAGCGGCUUUGGCCUACGUAUAGCUCUCCAGUUCCCCAACAAGAAGUCUGUAACCAAGUCGGAUGCACCUGUUGUAAAGCCUGGUAGGCAAAAUAAUAAGCUCCCAGCAAAGGGAAAAAACCUGCAAAGAGGGAAUAAAUGUCAGGCGGAUUCUGACUCUGAGGAUGAUGCCAAGUCAAACCAGGAAAAUUCAAAUGCCUUACUUAAGAGAGCUAUGAACAUCAAGGAAAACAAAGCUAUGCUUGCCCAGCUUCUAGCAGAACUGAAUUCCAUGCCUGAACUUUUCCCGGUGAAAGCGCCUGCUACCACACCCUCAAAACCAAAAAAGACUCCUCGAAAAUCAUUUACUGAAGGCCAGAUAGAACGUCGCACAAAUCCCACUAGAAAUGCACGACCUCCAGAGAACUUUGCCUUAGAAAAUUUCACAGCAUCAGCUAUGCAAUUUGCUGAGCACUUGCAAAAGUUUGGGAAGCAAUCAAUGCUAAAAAGAACACUGACUGAG